AUGGAGUUUCAAACUCCCACAAACCAUGACACAGCUAUUUGCCUCAUCCCGCCCGAUGAGCUCUGCCAUUCGGUUAAUCGCCUCCGAUUCGACAACGACAAGGCUUACUCCAAAUGGCCUCCCCACGUCAACCUCAUCUACCCCUUCAUAAGGUCUACUUCCAAGGACGACUUGCUACAAAAUUGUAGCGCCAUCGUAUCAUGCCUGAAAGCCCGAACAGGUAGCAGCGAGCCUGCCCCUCUCUCCAUUUGCCUGGACUCUCCGGGCCUAUUCUCCCACAGAAAGGGUAGCACUCUUUUUCUAUGCGACAAGAAUGAGGAUAAUGUAUCUCGAUUGGCUUUAUUGCGAGAUACCAUUCUCGCCGCCAUCGGGGAGACACGUUCGGGACCCUACAACAUGCAUAUGACGAUCGCCCAGUGUGAAGACACAUCUCCUUCGUCCAAGCUCGAGUUUCUGCUUGAAAAGCUCCGGAGAUUGCCACCGGUAGCAUGGCACGCCAGUCAAUUGGUUGUUCUCACCCGCAGUGCAUCUGGAAAGAUGAAGAAAUGGGGCUUCAUUGAUCUGGUGUCGCCAUCCCUCACUCUCUGCCAAGACACUCCCAGUCACAACCAAGAUGCUAUCUCAGCAGUUAUUCCACAACGUACAUGGCACUUCUCCCAGUCGGAUUUGGUUUGGCAACCGCUUGCCCAGGCCGAUCAAACUCUUGCCUACGACGUAAAGCAAUCGAAAAAUCUCAUUGUCUCCAGUUGGAAUGUACUUGCAGAGUUCAACCACCCUCCGUCCCAUAUUAGAUAUCCCUUAAUUGUGGAUAACCUAAUCGCAGGAACUGCUCUUGCGGAUAUCGUGGUCCUACAGGAGGUGACAGAUGAUUUCCUUCUCUUCUUACUAGAGGACGAGCGUAUUAGGGGUGUUUAUUCGUAUGUAUCCGAAGGGCCACCAGACCACCCUGUGGCUGGCCCCUUGCCUAACAUACUUAAUACUGUUGUGCUCAGCAAGUAUGUUUUUUCGUGGAGAUACCUGCCCUCGAAGCGGCAGCAUAAAGGAUCAUGUGUUCUCGAGUUUGAAGGGCUGGGACACUGCAAGACGCAGGAAUCAGGCCUUCUACCGCUGAUACUAGCAACCUGCCACCUCAGCCAAGGGCUAACAGACGGCGCUGUAGUUGCCAAAGAAAAGGAACUCCAACGGAUUCUUGGAUACUUGAAAGAAAACCAUGCCGAGAAUCAAUGGAUCGUCGCAGGAGACUUUAACAUUGCCACGUCUUCGUACACUAUUGACACAGCCAUUAGGCGGGGAGCUAUUACAGCAAAAACGGAGAACAUACUUCACAGCAUCGAGGCAACGCUAGCGGAGGCUAAUCUCCUAGACGCCUGGAUGGUUUCCCGUGUUGAGGCCGGUGUAAGUGAUAAUAUUAGGGGCAGUGUCAAUGGCAUCUUUGAAGGUGAACAAGGUGCCACAUUCGACCCAACAGAAAACCCUCACGCCGCCAAGAUGGUUGGAAGUGGCCUGAACAACCGGCCACAGAGAUAUGACCGUAUUUUGGUCAAGAGCGGGGGCCCCCUUCAAAUCUCUCGGUUUAACAUGUUUGGGUUCUUGACAGACGAAGGCGAAAGGACAGGAGAGCCUCUUUACGCCAGCGAUCAUUGGGGGAUUCGUUGCCUUCUGGAACACCAUUCGCAAAAAGAUGACCUUGCUACCCAUGCCCGUGUAAUACCCGUCGAAAUUCAACGGGCGCCAGCUUCCUUAUCGGAUACUGCAGCACUGAGACACUGUUUGGACAAUCUUGAUGUCAUUCCGACAAGUCAAGACGAGUCCCUCCGGAAACUGGCUCUAGAAUUUCUGCAGCAAAUUCUCCUGGAAGAUGAUCAGCCGAGUAUGGAACGAACUCGUGGUCAACCCACCAUUGUGCUAGUGCCUGUCGGAUCAUAUGCGCUUGGCGUCUGGUCGAAGUCAUCCGACAUCGAUUGCCUAUGCAUUGGAUCCAUCAGUUCCAAAGUCUUCUUCACACUCGCUAGGCAGCGCUUGAAGAAAUCAGCCAGACCCGACAUACGAAUUUUGAGGAAAGUCAAGGCAAAGACCGGAACCAUGCUCGAGAUGGAAGUCUUGGGGCUUAGAUGCGAUCUGCAGUAUUGUCAGGCUGUUAACGUAGCCAGCCAGUGGCCAGAUCUCCUAAAACGACCCUCAUCAGACCCGGCUUUUAGCCUACCAACGCAGACACUGUUGAAACUGAAACCGGCGAGGGAUUUAUUCUAUCUUCUGAGGUCCGUCCCUGACCUCGCUCAAUUCCGCAUUUGUUACCAAGUCAUAAAGGCAUGGGCUAAGGCACGAGGAAUCUAUGCGGCCAAGUUUGGGUAUUUUGGUGGUAUUCACUUGUCCGUAAUGCUAGUGAGGGUAUGCAAGAUGCUAUUGCAUGGCGGUGGUGUGGUGUCUACCCCUGAUAUUAUCGUUACCUUUUUCAACCAUUACUCGCGAUUCGACUGGAGGAACGAUAUUGUCUUCGAUCCCUACUUCCACAAACAGCUAAGAUACCAUCGAACACAGCGAGAAGCCAUGUGUCUUCUAGGCUGGCACUCUCCGACACUUAACACUGCCCUAAUCGCGUCUAUACCGACCGUUGAUAUAAUCUCAACGGAAUUUCACCAAGCCAACGCGCAGCUCACACAAGAAGGCACAACUUGGAAAGAUUUGCUUUCAGCGCCAGCCAACACUUCAAAAACAAACUUGACUGCAGGCGCGGCAAAUUUCUUGACCUCAUAUCGGUCGUUCGUCAGCCUAAGAAUCCAUUACUGGGGAGGGUCACUAGAACGCGGAAGCCGACUUGUCGGCUGGCUUGAGUCCCGCUGCGCAUCGCUUUUAGUUGAUAUCAGUAGAAAGGUGCCAGAGCUAGCACCGAGGAUCUGGCCUGCGAGAUUCGUCGAAGCAGCUACUCAUAGUUCACAGACUGAUCAAAACGAUUAUCAAGGUGCAUAUCUUGUCGGCCUAGAAUGGACAAGCCCGGACAAGAAACCAGGACAAGAUCUCUUGGAAGUUGCACACAGUAAUCUGCAUACCGUGUUGCAACAGUUCGAGCAACAUAUACACUCCGACGAGAAAUACUAUGAUCCAAAUACAGCGUGGUUUAGUGCAACUGUUGUGAGAGCUAGCGAGCUGAAUGAUCUCAUGCUGGACGAUCGAGAAUGGGGCCAAUACGUGGAUGGUGAUGAUGACUCGGACACAGAAGAGGAGGACGAGGAGGACAAGGACGGAGAUCCAGAAGACGAAAGAAAUUUGGGCUUGCCCACAGCCAAAGCGAGAAAGAAAGGGCGGUCGGCAAAGCAAUCACAUUCAGGAGUGCCUGUUCCCAAACCUGAGGGAGCAGAGAAACUUCGGACGGCGUUGGAUGUGCUUAACCGACUACGAUGGGAUCCAAAUAUCGACGGCCAUGAUUUUCUUAUUGGAUAUGAAGACCGAUUUCUGGGACCGCAGGAAAAAGCUCUAGCCGAGUGGAAGAGUGAGCAGACACACGAGGAGUUUAUUCCCCAGCACAGGAUUCUCUGGUUCAAGCGGCGAAGUGAUAAUACCAUUGUGUGGCAUAGAUCUGAGCGCAUCGACCUUUUAUUUAGGAAGCCAUGA